GAUAAACAUGUGAGAGAACAUGCGCCUGCGCCCCUCCCAAAAAUUUGCCCAGCCCACCCCUAAGUUCAUAAGUUGUGGGUUGUUUGGAGAACAAAAAUAUAAACCUUGGAAAAGCCUCGCGGGUGCUGCGGAGUUGGGCGGUUGAAUAUCCAAGAAGCCUGGAAAUAACAAAAAAUGAAUACUGCGUAGAGCCCAUUAACAUGACGCUGAGCGCGUUUCUGCAGCAGAAGCCGCUGCAAAGGUGGCUGAAGACGGCAGUGUACUCAAAGUACGCCCUAGGAGCAGCGUGUUUGCUCUUGAUCGUCGUCUCAUUUUUCUUGGCAGCUUUAAUUUUCAGCAUAAUCCACACGAUCAAGAGCGAGCCCAACGGCAUCUUCACCAAGCUGACCCUGCAAAACUACGCCUAUCCACCUGAGGAGCACCUGCCCUUCAACAACGGCAGCAAGUUCUUGCUCUUCCGUCAGGAGUGUACGCACCACACCUGUUUGGAUAUCUAUCGGUGCGGCCAUGGCAGUAGCCUCAAGGUGUACAUCUACCCUCCGCGGCGCUACCUAGACUCUGAAGGCAUCCCCAUCUCAGCUCAACCUUCCAGAGAGUAUUUUGAUCUUUUGGACGCAAUAUUCAAAAGCAAAUUUUACGAACCAGACCCUUCGAAGGCCUGCAUCCUCAUCCCGUCCAUAGACACCUUCAACCAGAACCGCUUCAGACCUCACGAGACCUCUGCAGCACUGAAUGCCCUACCCUUUUGGGGAAAUGGUGGAGAAAACCACCUUAUAUUUAAUAUGGUCCCUGGAGUGGCACCUGAAUACAACACCGUCGUGGAACUGGCCCUCGGCAGAGCCAUCGUUGCUGGUGCUGGAUUUGACUCGUGGACUUAUCAGCCAGGCUUUGACAUUUCUAUCCCUAUCUUCAGUCCUUUCGCCCUACCUUUGCCGGUCGACCCUUUGCAGGAUAGACCGUGGCUCUUAAUUUCUCCGCAGAUCAAUAUCCACCACGAGUACCAGAACCAGUUGGAGGCCGUCGCAGCUCAAGAACCGGCCAAGAUGUUGGUUCUCAGGCCGUGCAGCGAGUUGGUUUCCAAUUCUACUCAUAGGUGCAGCGGUGAGGAUGUGUACCAGUACCCUGAAAUACUGCGCAGGGCCCACUUUUGCGCAGUCAUUAGAGGCGCUAGACUGGCUCAGCCUGCACUGCUCGAAGCCAUGUCUGCAGGAUGCAUACCUGUGGUUGUGGCGGACACGAUGAUUAUGCCCUUCCAGGAGGUAAUAGACUGGAAAAGAGUGGCCAUAUUUUUGCCCGAGAGCGAUCUCAGCAGCAUUUUUCUCAAGGUGAGCAGCAUCUCUGUACAAAAGAGAUUGGAACUGCAGGAACAAGGACGCUGGGUGUAUGAGCAGUACCUCUCUAGUCUGGGUCAGAUUGCCAUAACCACACUCUCGAUCAUCGAGGACAGAAUUUUCACGCACAACACAAGAAACUACUAUGACUGGAACACAGCCCCAACCAACACUUCGUCGCAAAAUCCGCUCAUUCUGCCGAUCACGGCACCAAAAUCGCACGGCUUCACCGCGGUCAUCCUAACCUAUGAUCGCAUUGAGAGUCUCUUUACUCUGAUCAACAAACUGUCCGUCGUGCCCAGCUUGACCAAAAUCAUUGUCCUGUGGAACAACCAGCACAAGUCUCCUCCACCUCCAUCUCACUGGCCACGCAUCAAUAAACCCUUCCGAGUCAUCCGCACCAGCAGCAAUAAAUUAUCAAACAGAUUCUAUCCUCACCCAGAAAUAGAGACAGAAGCAAUUUUGACCAUAGACGACGACAUUGUCAUGCUGACCACUGACGAAAUAGAGUUUGGAUAUGAAGUCUGGAGAGAGUUUCCAGACAGAAUUGUUGGAUUUCCUUCUCGGACCCACAUUUGGGAUGAGGAGGUGGACAAGUGGAGGUAUGAGUCGGAGUGGACAAACAAAAUAAGCUUGGUGCUGACGGGCGCUGCUUUCCACCACAAAUAUUGGAGCUAUGCAUACACAAAUUUGAUGCCUGGGAACAUCAAGGAGUGGGUCGACGACCACAUGAACUGCGAGGACAUCGCCAUGAACUUUUUGGUGGCCAACAUGUCUGGCAAAGCGCCAAUCAAAGUGACACCAAGGAAGAAGUUCAAGUGCCCUGAGUGCACCAACACCGAAAUGCUCUCUGCAGACUUGAGCCACAUGGCCGAGAGGUCGGACUGCAUAGACAGGUUUGCCUCAAUUUACGGGUCAAUGCCACUCAAGUCUGUGGAGUUCAGAGCUGACCCUGUGCUCUACAAGGAUCCAUUCCCAGAGAAACUCAAAAGGUUCAACGACAUUGGCAGUCUAUAAAGCUUUUUGCUUUUUAAUUUUGUUUAUACUUAAUUGUCUGUUUCCUAACAUUUUGUGCCAACAACUUUUUUGCUUCUCAUUUGCCAUUUUGUUCAUUAAUUGUUUAUUUGCAUUAGGAAAUGAUUUUACUCAAAGCAAUGCAAAGUUUUGUCCAUUUCUAAUGUAGUUUUUAGAUGACGUAAAUUGAUGAUUGUGAUAUAAUAAUUGUAAAUUUCUUUGCUGUCAAAUGCCAUUAUGCAUUUUACUAUUUACAGGUUCUGUAAAAAUCUGAAUUUGUUUUGAUGGAAUAAAAUUAUUUAUUAAGCUUUGAAAAAUUUGAAAGUUUAUAUUUGGAUGUAAAAUAAAUAUGAAACAAAGUAACAAAAUAUACA